UCAGUUUGCACCAUAUUUAAAUCGAAUUUUUCCGGGAUACUGUCAUAACUUCUUUAAAGUUGUUGCAGCAAGUCGCUCCGAGGUAAAGCAUGAAAAUUUUGAAAAUUUUUUUUUCGGCUGCUGUAUUGCAGUUCUAUACAACUGCUGCUUCSCCGGUGAAAAAUGCAGCCAGUCAGUGCGAUCCAAGUAGAUGUAAACUGCCUGACUGUUUCUGCAGUGGAACCAAGAUCCCUGGGGACCUUGAAGCGAAGUCUGUCCCUCAAAUGAUCAUGAUGUCGUUUGAUGAUGCCGUAAACGAACAAGUUUAUCCCUACGAAACGUCUUUAUUCGAUGGUGAGUUGCAUAAUCCGAACGAUUGUCCCAUGACUGGAACCUUCUUUGUUUCUCACCAAUGGACUAACUACCAGAUGGUACAGACUUUGUACCACAACAGACAUGAGAUUGCAGACCACUCAAUCUCGCACCGUUUACCCAUCUCCUGGUGGAAGUAUGCUACUUUGAAAGAAUGGAAGCAAGAAAUAAUGGGUAUGAGAGAAAUUCUCAGAAAAUGGGGGAACAUUCCUGUAGAUGAAGUGAAGGGAUUUCGAGCGCCGUUCCUACAGAUUGGAGGAAAUAACGAGUUUAAAGUCCUGUAUGAUGGGAAGUUUACCUUCGAGUCUUCUAUGCCUACACAAAASUUCAUGAAUCCACCUAUGUGGCCGUAUACUCUCGAUUAUAGCACGACACAGGAAUGCGUYAUACCUCCGUGUCCCACAGCUUCAUACCCAGGCCUGUGGGAGGUUCCAAUGAUUGACUACAGUGAUAAGAAUGGCAAUCCCUGUAACAUGAUUGAUGGAUGUGCAGCGCCAUCCUCUAGACAAGAGACCUAUGAUUUGAUUCAUAAGAACUUCCUUCGUCACUACAAGAGCAACAGGGCUCCAUUUCCGAUGUUUAUGCAUGCAGMCUGGUUUCAUAAUCAUCCUGAAAGACUCGAAGGUGUAAAAGAUUUCAUKAGGAACGUUUCAUCCCUUGGCAAUGUCUACUUCAUCACUAUUUCCCAGGUCAUUGAAUGGAUGAAACAACCRACGACACUUGACAAGAUCAAAGAAUUCAGUCCCUGGAAGUGCGACUCACCCCGCCCUCCCGUGUGUUCCAGUUCRGAAGUGAAUGUCUGUAGUUACCCAAAUCAUUACCUGUUUACAUGUACCAGGCCAUGUCCCAACAACUAUCCAUGGGUUGGGAACCCUGAUGGUAACUGAUUGUGAGAGGACUGGGACUUGCAAUUGAAAAAACAAACAUAAUUAUACUAACACCUCAGCAGACACCUCCUUCYCUUCUCAACCUCAUCCCAAGGGUCCCCAGCUGACUGCAAUUCAAUCUCCCCCCAACGACCACCACAGUUAAAUCAAGGUCAGCCACAAGGACCCUUAGGACGAGGUUGCUCUCUUCUAAUUACCAUUUUCCAUACCUCGGUUUACUUGUUCAAACACAAAACAUUCAAUCAAGGCUGCAAGGUUCAAAUUUUUUCAAAUUACUACGGAUUUCACCUAAACUGUGRCGAUACAUCGAAAAUUUGUCUCRCUACCACAYCCUAAUU